CUCACUCACUCAUCGACCCGGUGUUCUCGCGAGAUCGUGACCUACGCCCAUGUUUAAAACUUCCACUACUACCAGGGAAUGGGUGCGUGAUUGAUUCCCAUCGCAACCCCUGAACAUGUCCUGGUCAACACCCCAAAAGCGCUUCGCUCGUCUCGUCUACGUCGUCGGGUUCUUUGUUGUUGUGAGCUUCGUCGCCUAUUCCAUCCCUGAGCUCGGUAGCCUGGUGCGGGCGACCGAUAGCAGACGAGGCCGGUUCCUUGAUGCUAUUCGCAACGAGACCUUGGGUGUGGAGAAAAUUUUCGCGAUCAACCUGCCCACGAGACCCGAUAAACGAGAUAGCAUCAUUCUUCGAUCAUCGCUCUCGGGUUUUCACGUCGACUGGAUCGAUGGUGUCAAACCCGACCAGAUUAGUCCCCUGUCCUACCCUUACAACUGGAACCAUGACCACGCACCGAGCGAGUAUGCUGCACGGCGGGCGCAUGUGGAUGCCAUGCAACAGAUCGUGGACAAAGGUAUCGGCAGCGCGAUUAUCAUGGAGGAUGAUCUUGACUGGGAUGUGACGAUCAAGACUCAACUACAAAACCUUGCUAUUGCUCUUCGAGCACUUCAGGGAACGGGACUAGACGUGUCUCGAUCUCCCUACGGGGACGAUUGGGAUAUCAUUUGGCUUGGUCACUGCGGGAUUCAAUGCCAUACCAACGAUCCUUUCUUUCUAACUCCUGGCGACCCUACUAUCCUGCCACCGCAUCAUUUCCUGCCCUACUGGCGCGACCCACCACCCUUUUCGAGACCCGACGAUACGCGUUUGACUUGUGCGGCAAGUGAUGGGGUCUGCUCGGUUGUUUAUGCAGUCAGCUACCGUGGAGCCCAGAAGAUCUUGUCCGCGCUGUCGGUCAACCCAACUGGCCUUGCAGAGCAGAUUGAUAUUGGCGCUCAGUUUGAUGUUUCCCUUGGUCGGAUGUGUGGCAGUAAUUAUCUAAGGUGCUACACCACCUACCCGUCCCUUACCGGUGGCUCCGCUACGUCGUCCGAUAUCCACGCUUCCGGGGACGGCCAAGAGAAAGGCGGAGCGAGGCCAUCUAGCUUUGGCGUGCUCUAUAGCACCCUGUUGAAUGUCAACCGUAUCUUGUCUGGUGAGCCCACCGUCCACGCGACAUGGGACGAUGCGAAGUCGGUAGAUGUUGCACCAGAAGAUAUUCCGGUGCUUGGAGGGGUCUUGCAUGUUCCGGGGGAGGGAGGGUUGCAUGCAAUCCCGUUUGAUCCACCAUUAUGA